GUAUAAAAUGUGCAUUCUCGGUAACGGAGUACGUCAGUUAGAAGACGACGCAUCUCACGCAAACAGCCAACCUUCGGGAAAAUAAAUAUCUUCCGAUAAGACAACCUAGAACUGCAAGGAUUCGUGAUGUUGACGAAGCAGUAUCCGACAUUUCAUCUGUGGAUAACAACCGCGGUAGUUUUCGUCGUUCAAUCGCGGGGAUACGCGUUGAAUUCUCACUCGUUGAAAUGGGUUGAAGAAGUGGGACGAACACCGCUUGGUUUCGGCUACGAAAUAAGGCACUUUCGCAUAUUGGAAGACAGAAAUGAUGUUGACAGAGAUGAUUUUGGCCAGGAGGCAUACGUUUACGGUGGAAACCAACGCGUUAGUCACGUGACGUCGGACAGUCUGAGCUACGGUGGUCACGAUCAAGAAUCGUCCUCGAAUGGCGGUGAGCAUCUCGAAGGUAAUCAACAGACCGAUAACGAGGAUCCUCAACAUUUCGAAGGACGCGAACCCGACCAGCAUAUCCAUGAAGAUGAUCACCGAACAAUAACGAUAGUCAAAAAAGUGGUGGUUCCUUAUCCGGUGGAAAAGACUAUUCAUUAUCCAGUGAUAAAGAAAGUAAUGUAUCCCGUAAAAGUGCCGAUCCCUCAGCCCUACGCGGUGGAAAAAGAAGUCCCGUUUCCAGUCAAGGUCUAUGUCAAGGUUCCCGUUAAAAUACCGAAGCCCGUACCAGUUUACAAAGAAGUACCGUACCCCGUUAAAGUACCGGUGGAGAGACCGAUCCCCUAUAAAGUUUACAUACCGCAGCCUUAUCCGGUGGAAAAAAAAAUUUUUUACAAAGUAGAGGUACCGGUUCCCGAACCCUUUCCAAUCGACAGGAAAAUUCCCGUUCCCGUCAAAGUUCCGGAACGCGUGGCGCAGCCAUAUCCGGUUGAAAAGAUUGUUCGUUAUCCGGUGGAAGUAAAAGUGGACAAACCAGUUGCGGUUCACGUUCCAAAACCGUUCCCGGUUGCUAUCGAUAAGCCCGUUCCUUAUCCAGUCGAAAAGCCGGUACCGUAUCCAGUUAAGGUUCACGUGGACAGACCGGUUCCUGUAUCGAUAGAAAAACCUGUUCCGGUGAAGGUGAAGAUCCCGGUACCUGCACCUUAUCCGGUGGAAAAGGAGGUUCCUUAUCCUGUCGAAAAACCCGUUCCAUAUCAAAUCAAAAUUCCGGUCGAUAGGCCGAUACUUGUUCAUCUGGAUAAACCGGUUGAGUAUUCGGUCAUUAAACAUGUUCCUUAUACCGUCGAAGUACCCGUUCCAGUACCGAUCCACGAACAUUAUCAUCAUCCCGACACUGAACAUCAUCAAGAUUGAUUGACGGCAGAGUCGAUACUUUGUAAAUCCUGUUGUAUUUUGAACAGCUGAUUGCCAAAGACUACUCGAUACUUGUGAUUGAUUUUCUCAUGUUGUUUCUAAUCGACUUUAGGGUAUCAAUUCUAGAGUCUAAUGAAUCGUACACGUAAACUAUUAGGGUAGGUGAUUUCCAGGUUGAUAUCCUUGUUAUUUAUUUUUAAGUUAAUAAAUAUCGCACCUCCGCAUACCUGUGCAGAACACUGUUCGGAUCGAAAUUAAA